GGCUUACAUUUUCAAGAACUAAACCCCUUUUUACUAUUAUUUGAACUUUGACAAUCCAAUACUUUAUAUACCAUUAUGUUAAAUACAAAAUAUGUCACAAGCACAAAGGGUUUUAUUAAACUUAUAGUUUCGGAAAGUCUCUCUAACCUCCACGAGCUAGGGGUAAGAUCCUCCUCAGACCUCGAUCCGUGGGAUUAGAUGGGGUAUGUUGUUGUAUUCUAUUAAUUUUAUCCUUGAAUGUGUGAUAAAUUAAAGUGCCAAAUAAGUAUUUUCUAGAAAACUAAAGGGUAGAUAUUUAUAUUGUUUUUGUGUGUGCCAAAAUUUAUUAUCCCUACCUCCCCCUACUGAAGAGUACAUCUUCCUAACCUAAGGCCACUAUAGAGUUACGUUACAAGUUUACAUCACCUAAAGUCACCAACAUGAGGUUCUUCUUGUCUCAAGAUAACGUGGCCCAUACAAGAACGACUUGAGACAAAAGUCACUCUAAACAUACUAUGAAGAAAAAGCAGGAACCUCAACAAGAUGAACAACAUGAUGUUGAAAUACUCAAGGCUGUAGCACAAGCCUGGCAUGGCCACUCCAGCAGCCGUAGAACCACUGCCGAAUUCGACGCCCACCGCCACAGUUUCAAGAAUAAGCCAUCAAGAUUCAAGGUUGAAGCUAUGAACAAGGCAACUGCCAGAGAAUAUGAUGGCACAGGCAGCUGGGAUUUCAGCCAGUCCCUAUGGGAUUCUUAUGAGAUUCUCAAUGUGUCCAAAAAGUUAGAAACUGGGUUAGUGCUAGACCAUCCAUUGGAUAAGCCAAUCCGAAUUGGACAGAAGCGGAAAGAAAGUAAGAAUAGCUUAAGGAAUUUGCUCAAUAGGGUGUCUUCAAGAAGAUAUAAUGAAGCUGAUUUAACACUAGAUAAGGAUGGUUAAAUUUUGACCGGAAACUUUCCAUUUUUUGUGGCUAAUAUUCGAAGUUGUAAUAUAUAAAAAUUGGUUUCGGUUUUCUUAAAGAAGCCCAGAGAGCUCUGUUUCUCAUUA